AUGUCUUUGUUAAAAUUAAAGACCAGGGAGGCUAAAAUAUUGCCUGAUAAUUGCCACGAAUCUGAUGAUAAUGUUAUCAGCACCACAAACACAACUAAUUCAAAUUAUACCAACAAAAGUGAGAUAUUCGAAAUUCGUGAAGAAAUUAAAAACAAUCAAGAAAACGACGAAUUUCCCACUUUUUUAAUAAGGAUGCUGAAUUUUUGUAGAGAGGUUGCAAUUUUUUUUCUGGUAAUGAUGACGUACGCCGCAUUUAGUAAAGAUCCACCAAAGAUAUCAAACUCUCCAGCAGCAUAUCGUUUUUUCCCAGAAAACUCAAUUGUAACAGAUUGGUAUAGAGGACAAAUCAGCAAAGCUAUAGAACAUGCUAGAUUCAGUGAUAUUGCUUUUGUAAUGUUUUAUGCACCUUGGGAUGCAGAUAGUCAAGAUGCUAGAAAAGAAUUUCAAAUAGCAGCUGAAUUUAUGCAAGAUCGUGUCAAAUUCGUUGCAGUAAAUUGUUGGCAACCUCAUGGCGAAUGCAGAACUCAAUAUAACAAAGUUUAUAAGUGGCCAGUGCUUAUUGCUUACUUGCCACAUGGAAGAGGAGUUCAGUAUAAUGGUCCUAUAAGUGCCCCACAUAUAAUUGAGUUUUUAAAUAAAGUUUGUCAUCCUAUAACACAUUUAAGUAAUGAAAGCAUUAGAGAUUUUCAAGAUGCAUAUAUAAAAGUGAAAUUAAACACAUCUCCAGGUAGCAUGGAUUUUGCAGUAUUAUAUACUGCAGCACUUAGGUAUUUGGAAAAAGACCCACAAUAUCGAAUAACAUUUUAUGUUACUCCUUCUAAUACUUCUGUUCCAUCUUUACAACUAUUUAUGUGGAAUGAAACAUUAAUAUAUCCAAUUAAUGAUAGACCCUGGCUACCAGAUGAAAUUUUGCAGUGGAUUAUCAAACAUACUCAUCAAAUAACUUGUUGGGUGUUACCAAGCGGAACAAAAAGCUCGGCUUUGUCUAAUAAUAUGCAAAAUGCUGCUUCUCUUAUUCUUUUUACACCAAAAAAUCCCCUACAUACUAACAGUGAUUAUUAUAGUCUAUUGCAAGAAGUUGCUCAGGAAUACUUUAUUUGUGAAGAAAGCAACAUUGUGGCCAACAUGCUUAAUGUUCAUCUUAAAUUAAAGAGAACUGCAAAUUCAUUGACUCAUAGACAACUAAAGGCAACAUGUGACUUAAAUUCCAAAAUUUCCAGUCAAAAAUUACUUUCCAGUACAAAAACUGUUUGGUCUAAUGAGUCUGCUUGUUCCCAAAAAAUCGAGUUAAAAGAAUGUGAUUUAAUAAUAGAAAAAAGUAUAAGAAACUUCUGUGCUAACUUGAAGACUGAGCAUUGUUUAGAAUUGUUUCCUGUAAUAAGAGAACCACUUGCAUGUAAACAUAAAUUUGUAGAUAAUGUACAGUUGUAUAAAACCUCUUUAAUAAGUGAAAUUGUUGACUAUAAAUCCCCUGAUAGUCUUAAGAAAAUGUUUUUGAAGAACAAAUGUAAACACUUCUUGGCUUCAGAAAAAAUAUAUCCAACUGUUUUUGCAAAAACAAGUACUUCUCCAAAAAAUAUCAGUAUUGCCGGUUUGUCCUGUAAAACUAAUAAAACCUUAGUGUUGCUUGCUAUGGAUAGUUUGCUUCAUUAUAGUUUUGCUGAAAGACUUGGGAUUGAUUUAAAUAAACAGCCUGAUAGAAGUGCAGUAGUGAUAUUAAAUGAUAAGAUGGAGUCUCAUUAUAUUUUGGAACAGCCAAUUAAUAGUCAAUCAUUAAGAGAAUUUAUUUUAAACUAUACUAAAAACCAUUUGAAUAGAUCAUUUAAUUCAAUUGCUACUCUCUCUGCUUCAUCUGAACCAGUAAAAAGUGAAAAUAUGACUCAGGUGCUCAUAAAGGAAUUAGAUACAAGCACAUUCCUACCAACUGUGUUACAAAACGAUAAGUCUGUUGUAGUUUUUUACUAUUCCAAACAAUGUUCUUUCUGCAAUGGUAUAUCAUAUAUUUACCUUACAGUGGCAAGAAAACUGAAUUAUUUAAAGAAAAUUAUGUUUACUCGUAUAAAUGGUGAUGUUAAUAUUUUACCUUGGGAAUACACAAUGGAGAGUUAUCCAACUAUAUUAUUUUUUCCUUCAAAUAAAAAAUCAGAGAGUCGGGUUUUUCCAUCUGGAAUUUUGAUGUCGACAUCAAAUUUAAUCAACUUUCUUUUUGCUAAUCUGGAACCUAGUCUAAAACUUCAAGCUUUAUGGUCAGUGUGCAUUCAUACGAAGUUUGGCAAGGAACAAUCAACUUGUUACUCCUCACUUAUAGGAGAGACUUUGAACUUAAUUGACGAUACUUUAAGAAACUGGAGAAAAUCUCACACACUCCAACGGCAGGUCCUACUUCACAAGCUAAAAUUUUUACGACAGUUACACUUGUUAUUUGCACAUUCGCCAAACAAUCACAGUGCUAUUCUAAAUACUCUUAAUAGACUUAGUUUAAAUAUGAGGUAUACUGAAAAUUAUAUUGUAAAUCGAACUAAUAAAAUUCAUGAAGAAUUAUAG